ACUUCUUUCAGAAACAGAUACUACCUGUAUUCUGCAGUUACAUAGUAUUUAUCACAUUUCCAUAUCAACGAGCAAGCAUUGACUCAAAGUCUCUCAAAUAAAUUUAUGUAGCUACCCAAAAUUCUACGGUUUUCCGUACUGUUCUCCUAAUCGUCGUCAUUUAUUGGUAUAAUUUAAGCUUCGUACUUCCGUAGAAAACCUUUAUAUUGUCCGUGCCAUCUGUAAGACGCGACAUUAAAUUAUUUGGAGAAACUAGGGAGCAUGCAAUCCAACUCCAAGAGAGUGAAUCCAGGAGAAUCCAAUCUUUCUAAUGUUUCAAAAUCCAGAGUACAUUCUGAACCAUGGGGGAAUUAUACUGGACCCUUCCCCCCUGAAAUGAUGCAAGGAAAUGCAUCAGAUUCAUCAUCUCUUGAAAAAUCUGUUGAUGUUCAAUCACAGUCUGAGGACGGUAUGAAUGAUGAAGAUGCUGCUGCUGCCAAACAAACAUCAAGUGCUCUACCUCUGCACCCAGAUAGAAAUCAUGGAGUUGAUGAUCGGAAUCAGUUUGCAUCAACUGUACAGCCAAGGAUCGAAGGCCUUAUGCAGCCCCCACGGCUUGAACUUGUUGGGCACUCAAUUGCAUGUGCUUCAAAUCCUUGCGAUCCAUAUUAUGGAGGAAUUAUGGCGGCUUAUGGUCAACCUUGGGUUCCUCCUCGCUUAUUUGACAUGCAUCCUGCAAGGAUGCCGUUGCCCCUGGAGAUGGAGCAGGAGCCUGUUUAUGUCAAUGCCAAGCAGUACAAUGGGAUUCUGCGAAGAAGGCAGAUGCGUGCUAAAGCCGAGCUUGAAAAGAAAUUGAUAAAAGUUAGAAAGCCUUAUCUUCACGAGUCCCGACACCAACAUGCUUUGAGGAGGGCAAGAGGAUCGGGUGGGCGCUUUACAAAGAAGUCCGAUGCAGCUACUUCGAAGGGGGACGAUUCUAGUUCAACAGUCACAUCACAAUCUAUCAGUUCAUCAGGUUCCAAAGCAUUGCCCGUUAAAUCAAGUGAAGCUAAUGUGCCCAAGGCUCAGAAUGCAUGCCACAAUGACGUCUUCAAUUUCAGAAAUCAAAGUAACGAGCCAGCAUUUCAGUCGACAGGGGAAGGACGUACAUCAGGCCAGCAGUGGGGAAACGUCCCGUCCAACCGUGCAUUUGCCAUGAAGUAAACGCCAUAAUGCCUGUUUAAAUAAAGCAGUUUCUCCAACUUGAGGAAGGUUAUAAAUCCCGAUUUCGCAGAUCUUGGCUUUUCCAAGCAGGUCGGCAAUUCAUUCUUGGCUGUUUCUUUUAGCUUGUGUUGAGGAGGGACAAUAAAUGGUCUAGCUGGUUUCUAAUGCCACCUAUGUUCUUCUCGUGUGCAAAAUAUGUCGUAGGAUUAGAAGUUUGAAUAGGAUGUCGAAUGUUUUAUGAGUAAAGCAUCGUCCAUGUUGGUAGAACUAUGUAAAGUUGGUAUUGGCAUUAUCAUGUUUCUUCUAGUUGCAUUUUCUUAAAUUUCGAAUUUGAAAAUUUGGCUUUUAUAUGAAAUAUCCUUA